UUCCUCUCUUGUGACUCGUCACUUUCUUGUAGAGUCACACUGAGUUAUUUACAGCAGCGUUCAUGCAGUUAAACCGCCAUUAUUAGCCGAGCGCUCGCUCAUUCAGUGAUACUGUGCGCUUCAGUUAGCUUUAACUGCUGUCCCACAGGCUGCUAACUCCACUGUCUGCUAAAUGACUGUAAAAUUAGCAAGUGUGCGAUUAAAACGUGGGAGUAGUUUAACAAUUAUAGAGUUUCUCUUACAGAACGUGUAGUGUAUAUGUAUAUUUUUGCCGUUGUUGUUAUAGGAAGCUAUGCACAGGCUAGUGUUUUAGGAGCUAGCUGGCUAGUGGUUAGCGAGCUGCUUCACAACUCCUGAGCUCUGCCAAAGUGUCAGUGAGUUAAAGCUAGACAGGACACGGUGGAAUAGAGCUGGCACUGAGUGAGUAAGGUGGAAACACAUGCCAGAGAUUGAUCUGUUCAGAUCUGCUGAUGGACAGCAGGUGUUCUUGUUGUAGCUAGCUGCUUAGCUUUAGCUCUCCACUUGCAGCAGCAGCAGUGGGUAAGGAUGCACUGAUCUGAUACUGAUAUGCUGAGUAUCGCUGUCAGAGCAGGUAUUGUCUCAAACGAUAGAUCGAUAUUAGAUCAGAUUUAACAUGCUCUCUGAUAGAAUGUCAUUUUCUAAUGAUUGGCACAACAGAGAUCUUCCACAGAAUACAAGAUACAGUUUCAUUCCGCAUCAAGUUUGCAUUAACAGGAGCUUAUCAGUAUUGGGGUAUCAGAUAAGAUUCAGGGCUCUGAUAUCAGAAUUAUAUCAAAAAAGAGAAGAAGUGAGAUUGAUUCAAACCUGAUAUCUUUGAAUCUACACAAACUCAAAACACAAACGUACUCAACGCAGUUUAGGACUGAGAUUGUCUCAUAUAAAAGUGAAGUGCUGAUGUUGUGCUUUGCUUUUCAGUUCCUGUUCCUCCUCGCUUAGAUUCUCGUUCAUCACAGAUUUUUUUUUCCUCUGAAACUUGGCCUAACAGCACUCAUCUUUAUCAGAUGUGAAAGGCAGCAUGAGCGUGAAGGCCUUCGAGCUGGUGUCUGCUGUGGAGCGGGAGCAGUUGGCUGGCGAGAAGACGCGCAUCGGUGUCGAGUGCAUCGAAUGCUGUGGCCAGCACCUGUACGUGGGCACCAACGAUGGCUUCAUCCAUCACUUCCUGCUGGAGGAGCGCACCACAGCUAAGGGCCAGCUGUCCUUCAGCUCGCAGAAGCUCCUACAUAAACAGCUAGGCCUCAAAAAGCCGCCGUCCGAGCUAAAAGCUGCCUCGGCCCUGGAGCGCCUCAUCGUCUUGUGUGACGGUGUCAUCUUGCUGGUGGAUAUGGUCACUCUGGAACCGGUGGCUUCGGGAGGGACCAAACUGAAAGGCGUGACUGUGUUCUGCGUUAACGAGAACCCGGUGACAGCCGAGCCUUUCUGCGUGGAGAUGGCGGUGGCGUCCGCACGGCGCCGUGCCGUACACAUUUGCACUGUGCAUGAGGAUCGGGUCCAGAUCCUGAAGGAAGUGGCCACUCCCGAUCAGCCAUGCGAUCUCAGCGUGGAUGGCUACUUCCUGUGCCUGGCUCUUCCCACGCGGUAUGUGAUCCUGAACUAUGGCUCGGGGGCCUCGCAGGAUCUAUUCCCCUAUGACAGCGAGGAGAGGAAGCCUAUUGUCAAAAGGAUUGGCAGGGAGGAGUUUCUCUUGGCUGCACCAGGUGGCCUUGGGAUGUUUGCUAAUGCCGAGGGCAUCUCCCAGCGUGCCCCAGUCAAGUGGUCGGAGAACGUGAUUGGCGCAGCCGUGUGUUUCCCGUACGUGGUGGCUCUGGACGAGGGCUUUGUAACCGUUCACAGCAUGCUGGAUCAGCAGCUCAAACAGACACUCUCAUUCAGAGAAGGACACAUCCUGCAGGACUUUGAAGGGAAAGUGGUGUUGGCUUCCACAAAAGCAGUGUAUGUGCUGGUGCCUCUGCCUCUGGAACGACAGAUCCAGGACCUGUUGGCAGGACAUCGAGUGGAGGAGGCACUGACCCUGACCGAAGGUGCACAGAGAAACAUUCCUAAAGACAAGUUCCAGAUAUUACACAAAAGAAUUCUCCAGCAGGCAGGAUUCAUCCAGUUUGGCCAGCUUCAGUUUUCUGAAGCUAAAGAGCAUUUUAGGAAGGGGCAGCUAGAUGUACGUGAGCUGAUCUCACUGUGCCCGUUGCUGCUGCCUGCCUCAUCGUCGUUCACACGGUGCCAUCCGCCACUGCACGAGUUCGCCGAUCUGAACCAUCUGGCGCAUGGUGAUCAGGAGAAGGUGCAGCGCUGCAAGCUCUUCCUCAUCAGCUACCUGCGCGAAGUGCGUGCCAGCGAGAGUGCCAAUGGCUUCAGACAGGACGUGGACACCGCACUGCUGAAGCUCUAUGCCGAGGCGGGUCACGAGGGCUUGCUGGAGCUGCUGGUCUCCGACAACUCGUGCCUGCUGGCCGACAGCGCACCCUGGCUGGAGAAACACCACAGGUACUUUGCACUCGGGCUCCUGUAUCACUACAACGGCCAGGAUGCUGCUGCUCUACAGUUGUGGGUUCGAGUUGUCAAUGGGGACCUUCAAGACUCCACACGUGCUGAUCUGUUUGAGUAUAUUGUGGACUUCCUGAGCUCCUGCAAGAACCUGGACCUUGUGUGGAAGUAUGCAGACUGGGCCUUACAGAAGGACCAGAAGCUUGGAGUGAGGAUCUUCACUAAGAGACCUGUUUCUAAAGAGCAGACCAGGCAGCUGAACCCAGACGAAGUGAUCACCUACCUACAGAAGCACAACCAGGCUCUAGUUCUGUACCUGGAACACGUGGUUCUAGAGAGGAGGUUACAGAAAGAGAAGUACCACACACACCUAGCUGUGCUGUAUGCCGACCGAGUGCUCGCUCUCAUCUCUCGAACCUCAGCCACAGAGGAGCAGCUCUCUUCAGCCCGACAGAAACUGCAGAGAUUGCUGAGAAAGUCCAACCUGUACAGAGUCCAGCUGCUACUGGGUAAACUGCAGGACUCGGAGCUGCUGUUAAUGGAGAGAGCGACACUACAUGGUAAACUGGAGGAGCAUGAUAAAGCACUACAUAUCUUGGUGCACCAGCUGAAGAACUCUGCAGCUGCACAGGAAUAUUGCAAAUGGGCAUCUGAGGCUCAUGAUCACAAAAAACGUGGGGAAAUUUUCCAUCAGCUGCUACGUGUUUAUUUAGACCCGGAUGUGCCCGGAGGGCCGCGGACUGUGGAGGCUGUAGACUUGCUGAACCGCCACUCUGAGGUAUUUGAUGCCCCAAAGGUUUUGGAACUUCUUCCUGAGGCGUGGUCUCUACCAUUGCUCCGCCCCUUCCUGUGUGGGGCUGUGAGGGCCAGCAUGCACGCUCGCCACACAUCCCAGAUCGCACUGGGGCUUGCGCGAGCUGAGAACCUGCAGCUGCACCACGACAGGCUGAAGUGUCGAGGAGGUCCAAUCGUUGUGUCGGAAAAAAAGGGAUGCCACCUGUGCCACAACACUUUCAGUGAGCCAGACUGCGUGUGCCUCCCAGGUGGCACACCUGUCCACACACACUGUGCCACCCAGAAGCUUAAGGGCUCGCCCACAAAGCGACAAGUAGACCACGCCCACACCAGCAAUCACACAUGAACGUUGCAGGAAGUGGAAUGCACUGCAGGGGGCAUCUGCUGGUCCUGGGCCUGGACAGCUGAAGGCACCUGGGUGGAGACGGGCAUAGGGAGAGAAAGAGAGGUGGAACCAGGAACGAGUGCACACAUCGCACAUCUCGAACGAGAACGCUCAGAGCACUGGGGUCUGGCUACAGAGAUGAGUUGUGGAUUGAGAGAAAGAUGGAAUUUUCAUUUGAGUGAAUGAGUGUAUGUGUAAGGGAAACUGAGAAAUAUAUGAAAUGAUGAGAUGCUAUCUAUUUGUGUUCCUCGCUUCCACUUUUUGCAUCGAUAACACAGAUCAUGUUUAACUGGUCGAAUUUUUCUAAGAAAUGGGUAACAAAAGAAUUUAGAAAAGUAGAAUCCAUUAAAAAUGGUAUGACUUAAAAAGAGCAGAGUCAGGGAGUCUGCUACGCUAUAUUGUUAUAACACUAACAGAACGUUUUGUUGGCAGUCGAUUGCGUUGUUAGUCUAACAACUUGUACUUUCUGAUCUAAUAGCGGAUCAUUGUAUCAUUACGUCAUUGUAUCUGACGUGAUCAAACACUCAGAAGCAAAAACCACAUGGUUAUACUUCAUGGAUAAGCAUGUAUUUUGCUUUAUAUUUUCAUCGACAGAACACCAAAGUUGCUCUUUACAUCUGUCCCGACAGUGAAACUGUUAUUUAAGAAAAAAAAAAAUCCUUGCAAGAUAUUUCUGUCCAAAUUUAAAAAAUAAAAAUAAAUAGAUUUUUAAUUUCAUAGUUAAAAUUUGGAUAAAAGUAAAUCAUAAAUAUACUUAAGCUAGAUUAUUUAUAUGUAGAUAUUAGGGGGGUAAUUCACAACAAUCCUGACCAGACAGUUAGGUUGAAUGAAUGAACAUUGUAAAUGCAUCAUGUUCACGUUUAAUCAGUUUGUUCUUUCGUUGUCUUUCCAUCCGCAUGAAAGUAAAAACCUGUUCUCAUGACUUUUUAUUGCCUCCCAUUGGAUUCCUGUCCAAUGCACACCUCUAGUCUCAACCAGAUUUCUGGCAAGCUUUAAAAAAAAUGAAUAAUGUGCCUGUAUUUGUAUCUGUUUAGAACACAUUGUUCAUUUCAUAUUCGGUUACAUCCCUAGUAGAUAUGUGAUGAGCACAAAUCAAGAACCACAUUUGUAUUUCUCAGACUUAAAAUUCGCUUGGUCUGAAUCCAAUGUUAAUUAGCCUCAGUAAUAUGAUUUUUUUUUUUGUAAUGAAUGAGGAACAUAGAUUCAAAUGUUUUCUCACAGUUUUAGUCAUUGCCAAUCCCCACUCAUUGGCUAGCUUUCCCCUAACAUGCUUCCUCUGAGACUCGUGAAGCCAGUGCAUCUUUUCAAACAGCUUCUCAUGCUACAUAACAGAGCAGAUGAACACACUCGUCUGAGAACUGUCCGUCCAUGAUUGCAAACGAAUUGCAGAUAUGCAUAUGCACAUUUCUAAUCAAGUCCUUCAUUUGAGCUGUGAGUCUUAUAAAUGCUAAGCUGUGACUGUUUAGGUUUUUUUAAAGGUAUUGAAUAGCAUAAUGAAUGCAGCAGAGGUCUUGCAAGAUUAUGACUUGCAGUCUAAUAACUAGUACGUUUUUGAAUAUAUUUUGUGACAUGCAUAUGUAGAUUGGGAAUGCAUGGGUGCUUUAGUGUAAAAGUGUGAGAGACUGGGAGUGAGAGCAAAAGGAUGAUGCCCCUGGCGAAGGCUCGUUCUAAAAUCUCAAGCACAGUAUAACCACUGCCUACAAUGUCAAUACUAAACCAGUGCAUGGGCAGGAACCAAAGACACACACCUGCUCGUGGAGAGACACUCACACCUGCUUAGGGACUGGUUCAGGCUCAGCUUUUAUUGAAUGUAAACAUUUGCAGAUUUCACUGUACAAAAAUGAAGGGAAAAAAAAGUGUUAUGCAUAGACAACUGAACAAAUGAACUCAAUGUGUACAGGAAAGAUAAUGGAAAUAACAUCUUCACACGUCUUUUAAUGUCAAAUCUGUGCGAUUGUUUGACAGUGUCUAUAAUCCAGGGCCUGGUUUUCCAAAAGCACUGUAGAGUUAUGAUUAUCUGUUAGAAUGAUUCCGAUGAUAAUGGUUUUUAUGACAGUGCUGUUUUGUUUUUGUUUUUUUGAUAAACCCGGCCCUGAAUGUUAUCAUGCAACACUUAACCUGGUCUUACAUGUAACAAACUCUCUUAAAUUCCUCUCCCUGAUCACGUGUGUACAUCUAACUACAGCCGUCUGACCCUAAAUACUGCAGAUGGACUCCGUCUGCAUCUUUCUACCCACUCGAGUAUUUUAUAAAUGCAUAUCUACUCAUGUGUACAUACUGUAUUUAUAAUUGUUUGUCGCUUUGUAAAUUGAUGGCCGUGUAGUUGGAAUGUACAAAAUGUAAAGAUGUCCAUUUUAAUAAACAUGACUGCUUAUGUUA